AUGAGUCGCAGACUAUCUUAUGCGGAAAAAGGAAAGAACCAAGUCGCUCUGCCGCCUCCUCCUCCUCCCCGCCAAUCCCGAGUCAAAGUCCCUGCUUUUGACAACUCCAAACUAAUUAAGAAGGCAUCUCUCACACUGAUUGGAAGAAUAACCAACCCAAAAAUUCAACGAGUCUGGUCGCUCAUUUCGUUCUUUACGGAUCACUGGAAGGUCUCUGUAAAACCGGUUGGAGCAGACCUUGGGCAUGGACAAUUCCAGUUCCAGUUUGCUACGGAAAAAGAUCUACAGCAAGUUCUUGAUAACAGACCUUACCACUUCGCCUACUGGAUGAUAAUCCUUCAACGCUGGGAACCAACUACGGCGAGUUCAUUCCCAUCUCAGAUCCCGUUUUGGAUUCAGAUUCAAGGAAUCCCAAUUCAUCUCUGGUCUAAUGAGACCCUCAGAAGCAUAGCCGACAAUAUCGGACAAUUCCAAGCAAUGGAGAUUACCUCUACGACGGCAAAAAUACAAGUCCACAUUGAUGGCUUGCAACCUCUUAUUACUUCCUCGAUGGUGGAGUUUGAGAAUGGAGAUGAAGCAGAAGCCACUCUGAUUUACGAAAAGCUGGAAAAACAUUGUAUCCUCUGCUGGAGCCUUCUCCACGAUGCCAAAGAUUUCAGCCUAAAUCCCCCCAAGAAUGAAAUCCAAACUCGAGAACAAAGGGACCACUCUACUGGAAAGCUGAGAGAAGAAGUGCCUUGGACCAAUGAAGAUUCUCACUUCUCUAAGACAGGCAGCCUCGCUGGUCCACACCACAAAUCUGUUCCAUCAAGACAACUGCGAGACCACCGAGGUCAAGAGUCUUGUUACUCCCUGCCAAGAAACGAUAGAAAUCAUUUCACAGGUUCAGAAAGAGAAAGAUCACGAAAUUCCAUCAGAGAUUCUCAUUACCGAGGAAGAGACUACAAUAGACCUCACCCGUCUGAUCUUAGACACUCGCUGGACUCUUCACGAUCUCAUCACUCAUCUCAAUCCCAAUACGAGGGACAUGUAGAGACAAAUUCACAUACCACACCACGAUGGGUGGAGAAAGCAAGACCAGAUCCAACUAUACACGAAAGGCGAUCGGGUGAUCGGCCCUCUUUCUCGGAAAGCUCUCGACAGAGACGCCCCCCUCUUGAUAGAGAACUCUCCCCCCACCAAUCUCCUGAACAUCUCCCUAGAGAAGCAUUCAAUACGGCCUUAAAUGAAGUACAAGAUGUCAUGGUACAAUAUUCUUCCUGUGCGGACCCUUCUGAAAGCGCUGCAAGAAAAGAGAGAUUAAGAUUAGCAGAAGAAAAUGGACAAGUUGAACAUGCUGCAGCCCAAAUGGUGAGAGCCUCACUUGCAGCACAAUCACUAGCAGCUGAGCUGACUUCUUCAAUAGCACCAAACCCCGACCUCAGAUCCGCUGAACGCAUUCCCGCUUCCCAAAGGCUUGGCCCAACUGAUCUUCCUGAGGAAACAUGA